UUUUUUAUGAUUCCAAAUUGCCGACAUGUUUUUCUACUUAAGAAAUAACACUAAUUGGUAACAUUUUUAUAUAUUGUUGUCUUUAUUGUUGGAAAAAUGCAAAUUCGGAUUGAAUGAACUUUGCUUAAAAUUGAGUUUAUUUUAAUGAGAUGGAAUUGGGACUUAAAGUUUUAUUCAUUGUAAUUAUUCAAAUAGGACAUUUAAAAGCACAGCAAGACUGUUUGGAAACCCAGUUCAGAUGCAAGACCGGUACUUGUAUACCGAAACAGUGGGUGUGUGACAAUGAUCCAGACUGCUCUGAUAGUUCAGACGAAGAAUCCUGUCGAAGAACAAAUGAUAACACCAGAGGAUGCCCGGAUGAUAAUUUUCAGUGUAGUAAUGGAGUCUGUGUGAACAAUGCUUUUGUUUGUGAUGGCGAUCAAGACUGUUUAGAUGGGACGGAUGAACAGUGUGAAAUAAAGACAUUUCGAAGAAUAUGCUACUUCACCAACUGGGCACAGUAUCGUAAUAAUGAAGCCAAAUUUACACCCGAUAAUAUCAACCCAGAUCUCUGUACACAUAUCGUAUAUGCAUUUGCCAGAUUGGAAGGCAAGAAAUUGGUUUUUACAGAGUAUAAUGAUGAAAAAAUGUAUAAAGAAUUCAAUGGAAAAAAGAAUAAAACACGGGGAGUUAAGACAAUGUUAGCUAUAGGUGGAUGGAAUGCAGGCAGUAAAGCUUUUUCUGAUAUGGUGGCAACACCAGAAAACCGAAUGACGUUUAUAUUGUCUACGAUGGAAUUUUUACGUAAACAUAACUUUGAUGGAUUAGAUAUCGACUGGGAAUAUCCAACUCUUAGACAAGGAAAAAUGGAGGAUAAACCUAAAUUUGCUCUCCUUGUUAAGGAAAUAAAAGAGGCUUUUGAUAUGGAGGCACAGAAAUCUUUACGUCGUAGACUACUAGUUUCAGCGGCGGUUCCUACUGGUAGAAAGGUGGUAGAUUCGGGAUACGAUAUACCAACACUAUCUAAAUAUCUGGACUUCCUCAACUUAAUGUCAUACGAUUUUCAUGGAGGUUGGGAACGGAAAACAGGUCAUAAUAGUCCAUUGUUUGGUAGCAGUAAGGAUUCAGGUUCUGCUAACAUGAACACUGAGAAAGCAGCAAAGUACUGGGUUUCUAAAGGCACACCUAAACAUAAACUGAAUAUUGGAGUAGCAACGUACGGUCGGUCAUUUGUCCUGGCAGAUCCCGUUAAUAAUUUUGGCAUUGGCGCACCAGUCACUGGACCUGGUCCAAAGGGAUCAUUUACGCAGGAAAUAGGAUUUUAUUCCUAUUAUGAGAUAUGUCAGUUACAAAAUGACGGGAAAGGUAAGAUAUACAGAGAUGAAGAACAAAUGGUACCUUACUAUGUGAAAGGAGAUCUGUGGAUUGGCUAUGAUGACGAGGACAGUAUUAGAACCAAGGCGGAAUGGAUAGCCAGGGAAGGAUAUGGUGGAAGCAUGGUCUGGUCUUUAUCUCUGGACGACUUUGGUAAAAAAUGCUCAUCAUCAGUUGUGCCAUUUCCUCUGACGCACACAUUAUCAUCGACCUUACAAAAGAUAGAAAGGGAUAAAGUAUUAAAUUUGACGUCAAAUACGACCAGAAAAAUAUUACCAAAACCAACAACGCAUCGUCAUAUAACUCCAACAACAGUUACAACAACAACAGCAACAACAACAACAACAAUGAAAACUCCGACAACAUUGUCUCCAAUACCAGAAGCUACUACAAAGCUGUGGACAGCUGAUUUGCAUUACGAAACCCCACCCACUAAAAUAGCACCUCCUCCAAUCUGGGCACCAAACGAACUGGUUUACGGAAAAUACUCAUUCUCAUGUAGACGAAAACCGUUUGGAUAUUUUCAAGACCCAAAUAACUGUAAUAAAUAUUUUGUAUGUCAUAUGGGAAGAACAUUCCAUUAUAGAUGCCCAAGUGAAUUAAGAUUUAAUCCAAAGAAAAUAACUUGUGACUGGGCAGAUUCUGUGACUUGUGACGAUGACGGUCGACCUACAAAUAAAUAGUUUAAAGAGUGAUUUUAACUUUUACCAUGUUACUUGUUAAUGGUUUUGUAUUUAUUUUUAAUAAAUUAUACUAAAUGUAUUAUUGAACACA